CGGCUGACGGUAGGUGAGCACAACCUCUGACUCUGCAGAUGACGCGUCCCCGCCUCGCUUCUCUCUCUCUCUCUCUUCACGCUGCCCUCCCUGCUGCCGGUGCCGUACGCGUGUGUGAGAAGGGGGCCGCCCGAGUGAGAGACAGGGAGCGAGCUGCCCUCGUCGUCCUAUGCGGAUUUCAUCACCGACUGCCCGCCGGAGCCGCUCGCAUCGUCGAGGGGAGGCCGAGAUUCAAGGCUUUCUAACGCAGCUCCACCGCUCGGCUCCUCUCUCACGUUCGCCUGUUAUCGGUGCGGGGUUGCAUACUUGUGGUCGCCCUGCCGAGCACAUCCCAGCGGGGGGGGGGGGGGGGGAUAGGAUCGACGCUGAGGGGCUUGGGAGAGGAGGCAAGCGGAGAGGCGAGAGAUGAGCAAUGGACAAGCCCUGCGCCGGCAGGUGAAGAAUAUUGUGCACAACUAUUCAGAAGCGGAGAUCAAGGUUCGCGAGGCCACAUCGAACGAUCCAUGGGGCCCGUCCUCGUCUCUCAUGUCCGAGAUCGCCGACUUGACCUUCAACGUGGUGGCGUUUGCUGAGGUCAUGGGCAUGGUCUGGAAACGCCUCAACGACAGCGGCAAGAACUGGAGGCAUGUCUACAAGGCCCUGACUCUGUUGGAUUACCUGCUGAAGACAGGAUCAGAGAGAGUGGCUCAACAGUGCCGUGAGAAUGCGUUCACGAUCCAGACGCUGCGGGACUUCCAGUACGUGGACCGCGACGGCAGAGACCAGGGGGCCAACGUGAGGGAAAAGGCGCGCCAACUGGUGUGUCUCCUGCGGGACGAGGAGCGGCUCCGCCAGGAGAGGAGUCAAGCCCUGAAGACCAAGGAGCGAAUGGCUGGGGGAGGCAGCGGAGGGGGAGGGGGAGGAGGAGCUGGAGCUGGAGCUGGAGCUGGUGCUGGUGCUGGUGCUGGUGCUGGAGCUGGUGCUGGUGCUGGUGGUGGUGGUGUGUACGGAGGAAUACCCCCGUCCUACCACCCGGGCAGGCGAACAAGCCAGCCCAGCAUGGCUGUGAUGUACGGGGAGGAGUUCAGCCGCUCCAGAGGCUCACCGUCCUCCUUUAACUCCUCGUCGUCGUCCCCUCGCGCCGCCUCAGACCUGGAGCAGGCCCGACCCCAGACCAGCGGGGAGGAGGAGCUGCAGCUCCAGCUCGCCUUGGCCAUGAGCAGGGAGGAGAGUCAGAAGGAGCAGCGCUGUCGCCAAGGAGACGAGUCUCUGUUACAGAAGGCCCUGGAUGAUAGCCGAAGAGAGAGCCAGUCGGGGACACGGGAGUCAACCAUGUUGGACCUUGUGGACAUAUUUGGCUCGUCAUCUGAGCAACCGCCUCCUCCUAGUGACCCUUGGAACUCAGCUCAGCCCGCUUGUGACAUCCCCUCUGACCCCUGGGACUCUGUAGCAGUUCACUCCAGCAAUCCUGUGAUUGGCAGCCCUUGGACAGCCCCUCCCUCCGCCUCUGACGCAUCCAAUCCUUGGGCCCCAUGCGCCAACUCUGGCACAGACCCCUGGGAAGGAGCACCUGUAUCCUCCAGUCCUGUAAAUCAUGCAUGGGACAGCCCAUCAGACGGAGGUGGCGACAGGACAGAUCCGUUUGCGGCACCCGAAGAGGAGAAGCCAAAACAGGAGGUUCCUCAAGUGUCCCCUCCGCAACCAGCUAGUCCCACAGAUGCAGAGCUUUUUGGAGUAAACCCAGACUCAGACCCGUUUUCUACAGCGGAUUCUAACCCUGAUGGGUUCGGGGCUGACCCUCCUGUGGAACCCCAUGUAAAUGGACGAGAGUCUGACAGCCCAGAGAUGUUUGACCUGUCCCGGCUAGCACCUCCACUUAGCGCCGCGCCCACACGUGUGUGUCGGACACCAGAGGCCUUUCUGGGACCUACGGGGGCCUCGCUGGUCAAUCUCGACGCUCUGAUAACCCCCAACCCUCCGAGCAAAAUGCACAACAAUCCCUUCCUCUCAGGUCUGAGUGCUCCGUCUCCCACCAACCCCUUCCACUGCGACCAGCCUCGCCUCACCCUCAACCAAAUGCGACCGUCCUCCACCUCCCCGCUGCCCCCUCACAUGCUCUCCUACAGCCCGUCCCUGCCUCUCCCUCUCCCCCACCAGCACCCCGUCCUCCCCUCAUCUCUCACACAACCUCCUGCCGGACUCCUGGACCUUCCCUCCAACCUCCCGCAACCCCUGCUCCCUCUGUCUCCACGGCCGGCAGCCCGCACUCAGUCACAGACACAGUCACACAGCCAUAAUCCUUUCCUCUGAGACUCCCGCACCCUUCACACUCUGGUCUGCAGAGGGAGGCGACAGCAUGGACUAUGCUGACCACAGUGAGACUAGUUUAAAUGAACCGGAUCCUGCUCUGAUGUCAUUGUGCACACUUGAAGUGGAUAUAAGCUUGGAGCGGAUGUAUUUGUGUCUGUCCGAAGACACGUCAGCUGCUACAUAACCUGAACUCUUGACGAAAAUCUAACUCACGCACACACAGACACACGCGCAAACACGCACUCAGGCGCACUUCAGGGUGCACAGACACCGACAUUAUGCACAGGCACAAACACAGACUUGACAGGGUGCAUCCCAACAGUCCCCUUCAAUGUCCUUUUCCCCUUCAACCGUGACAAGUCCGAGCACCCUCCCACCGCAGACUUGGAACUGUUGCUUUAGAAGACUGGGAUGAAGCCACACACUUUGAUUGUCUACCGAGAUUCACCAGGAUCCUCACCGCUGCUGCUUCACCGACGAAAACAUGAAUGCAAUCCCGCCCCCCCACCCCAACCCAGAGAAUCCGAGUUCUUCGAAUAAAUCCUUUUUUUUUUCUGAUGAGUCAAAUAGUAUCUUGAGAUUUCUUGGCCCAAUUGAAUCACUGGAGAUUAACCAAAAGUAUUUAACUGUAAGAUUUAAGAAAACACACAGCACUGUUCAAGAACUAAUUGACUCAGGUAUCCUUUCCUAAGUGAUUAUAUCUCUUUUGCUUUGCCUUGUUACCUUGCAAGCUCUAAAACAUCUGGUCCUAACUUAGGUACGUUAUUUGUCCUUUGAGGCAAGUGGCUCCAACAGGAUUCAGGUGGAUUUAAACGGGGCUAAAUCUGCCUAAACUAGACCUUCUGUCUCAAUCUGGACCUAAACUGAUCACUGAUUGUACCAUAUCGGACCCACGUGCCUGUCUCUACAGCCGAGCCACAAAGUAUUCCCGGCUGGUUUAUGUGGGCGCCGUUGAGGAUGACUUCAGGGAGACCGCUCUGUCCCCCUCCAAAGAGAUUCAACCUCAUUGAAUUGAAAGGUAUUUUAUUUAAAGAAAACAAAAACAGUGAGAUCAAUGACUAUAUCUGAUGUGGGGAUAUAAACAAGGGAUGAAGAGAACAGAUAGAGGAAGAGGGAGGGGGAAAUGAAAGAUGAAUACAAAUAAGGUGAAAUGAUUACAGAUGAUAAACUGAUGUAUUGAGCAGCAGCUCCUCUCCUCUGCUCCUAGUUCACUUCUGUUUCAGGAGCAAGAGAAUCUGUGAAGAGACGAGAUGUUUGGUCAUCGCUGCACUGAACCUGGACUUGAAUGUGAAAUGCCUGCCUAUAUACACACAGGCAUAGUACAUAUGUAUUUAAUAGAAUGAUACCUAUACAGUAUUCUAAAAAAUUACACUAAUAAAUGAAUGGU